AACACGAAACUGACACGUUCACACACACACGCACACACACAGGGACACGCGGGCACACACAUACAAAGCGAAGCAGACGCCCCUCUCAAGAAUUCAAACGUGGAACGCAAAUAAAAAGAAAUACAUUUAAUUUGUGCUUGUAUUUGUAUUCGAACUCGUGUAUUUGGCUUAGUUAAGUGCGUUCGCGUUCGCCUCAAAGUGUGACCAACAAACAACAAACAACAAAUAAUAAUAACAACAACAACAACAACAAAUCGCCAAUCGAUGUGCGAACUUAAUAACAGUAUUUAAAGGCAGAGACAACAAAACUAAAUUAUUCACAAAAUGAUGCUACACGAGGCUGUCAUGUUGGAGAUCUAUCGCCAGGCGUUGAGUGCAAGCGAGCUGGCGAGUCCGCGUUGUCAAUCGCGGGAAUCGAAUGCAUCGGCGGCCGCUGGAGACGCCCGCUGCCCGUCCAAUGAGUCGCACUGCUCGGCCAACGAUUGCCUGACCCCGGCGCCCACGCCCACAGCCAGUUCGCCAGUGGGCCUGCCGCUGACCGCAACCCUGGCGCCCUCGGCAGCUGCGGCUCUGCUGCCGCCGCAGUCGGCAGCGAUGGCCGCUUACCUGGCGGCCGCGCAACAGAAUCACCUGCUGCUGACCAAUCCGCUGGCGGCGGCCGCUUCGCUGGUGCAGCAGGCAACGCAGCAGGCCGCCUCGCCGGGGGGCCAUGCCCUGGAGGAAGAGGCGCCCGCCUUGGACUUCAGCCGGAAGCGCACGCCCAGCGAUUGCGAGGCGACGGCCAGCGACGAGGAUCAGGAACAGGAUCAGCCAGAUCAGGAGUCGGCGCCUCUGGACUUAUCCGUGAGCACGCGCAAGCGCCAAACGCCGAGCAUCGAGCAGGACACGCCGGCGCGCAAGCUGCCACGUGGCACUGACUACAAAUCCCCGCUACCGCCAGGCAGCUGGGUGCCACCCAUCAAUCCCUAUUUAGCUGCCGUGGCAGCCAAGUCCGGGCUGAGCGGCAAAAUGGCGCCCAGCGAGGCGAGCAAGGCGCUGGAGAAGAUGAGCGAGAUGAGUCGCCUGGAGACGCCUCCGCCAAGCAGAGGAACCAGCGGCGGAGGCGGCGUAGGCGGCGGAGCUGGUGGAGCCGCCACAUCUGUGACUGGAGGCGGUGGCGGUCGGCACAGCGCCUGGCAAUCGCACUGGCUGAACAAGGGGGCGGACGCGGCCAAGGAUGUGUUCAAGUGCGUGUGGUGUAAGCAGAGCUUCGCCACGCUGGCGUUGCUCACGACGCACAUGAAGGAGACGCAGCACUGCGGCGUCCAGGUGCCCUCGCCCUCGGCGGGCCUUAGCCAGGCGGCGACGCGCACCACCAAUGCGACGUCCACAACGACCUCGAACUGCUCCAGCAGCAGCUCGACCUCCUCCAGCUCGUCCAAGUCCGAGCUGAACAUGCUCAUCAAGGAGACAAUGCCGCUGCCCAGGAAGCUGGUGCGCGGCCAGGAUGUCUGGCUGGGCAAGGGCGCCGAGCAGACGCGCCAGAUCCUCAAGUGCAUGUGGUGUGGCCAGAGCUUCAGGUCGCUGGCGGAAAUGACCAGCCACAUGCAGGAGACGCAGCACUAUACCAAUAUCAUAUCGCAGGAGCAGAUCAUCUCCUGGAAGUCCGGCGACGAGCGCCCAACCAAUGGCAACCAGGGCCAGGGUCAGGGCGGCGGCAGCAGCAGCAGUGCCACGCCCACUGCGACCAGUGUCAGCGCCGUGUUGACGUGCAAGGUAUGCGACCAGGCGUUCGGCACGCUCAAGGAGCUGAGCGCCCACAUGGCGCAGCAGUCGCACUACAAGGACACGGCCUCCAGCUGCUCCUCCUCGGUGUCGCCGCCAGCACCGCCAUCCGGCUCUGCCGCGGCGCUGAGCUCUAAACGCGGCCGUCAGCCGCGCAACGAGAAGCGCAAAAAGUCGCUGCCGGUGCGCAAACUCCUAGAGCUGGAGCGCUCCGGCAGCGGCGCCGGGCUGGACUCGGCGCUGAAGCCGCUGCGCGACUUUGCGGCCGCCACGAAGAUCACGUGCGAGAAGUGUGGCAGCAAGAUCGAGACAGCGCUGUUCGUGGAGCAUAUACGCAAAUGCCUCGGCGACAGCAUACCCAUACCGCCACGCAGGCCGCCAGCGCAGGAGCAGCAUCCGCACCAGCGCCUGGCCAGUCCCAGCAUGUCGGAGAAGCCAAGCAGCAGCUCGGGAGCCCCCUCCGUGCUGAAUGCGCUGGAGCAACUGAUCGAGAAGAGCUUCGAGUCGCGAAUGGGUCGGCUGGCGCCGGGAUACCCGGAGACUGGGACGCCGCUGGGCGCCAGCAUACUGAAGCGUCUGGGCAUCGACGACAGCAGCGACUACACGAAGCCCUUGAUGGAUGCACAGGCCAUGCAGAUGCAGCUGCUGCGCUCCACGUAUGCCACGCGGGAUCGCAGCGCCAGCGAGUCAAGCUCCGCCAGUCGCGUGGAGUCCGCCUACACGCCGGACAGGCAGCAGGCCACGCCCCGACGCACGCCUGACACGCCGGCCCCUUCGGUCACUGUGGCCACGCCCUCGCUUCCACCACCGCCCAGCAGCUGCAGCACCAUCAUCAAGUCGGAGCCCCUGGAGCCGGAGGCCGCCGAGCUGGAGCCCAGCAACAGGCAUCUGAUCAAUGUGAAGAAGGAGUUCAGCAUGGAACAUGCCACGGGUAAUCCCCGCGAGAGUCCCAGUGCCGGCAGCGAACGCUCCAACAACUCGCCGCCUGUCCAGAGCACCACGCUUGCCGAGAGCGGCAGCCUCCUCGCCCUCAACUCCAUGUUCGAUCAGCUGAGCAGCGUCGAGACCAACAACAAUAAUACAGGACAUUGCUUCAACAACAACAACAACAAUAACAACAACAAUGCGAAUGGCAGCACGAAGAAGCCGAAGGCUCACCCCUUGGCCGCCCUGCAGAAGCUCUGCGAGACAACAGAUCCGCCAGCCUCGAAUACGCGCAGUGCAUCCGCAUCCUCCACGGUGGCCGGGCUGGGCAACGGCAGCGACCUGGUCGCCUUCAGCUGGGCGUGCAACGAGGCGGUGCUGAGCGCCGGCGCCGGGGCGGACGCCAUCAUCAAGUGCUCGUUCUGUGAUACGCCGUUCGGCUCCAAGGGCGCCUAUCGUCAUCAUCUGUCCAAGGUGCACUUCGUGAAGGACGCCGGCGAGGAUUCGCCGCCGCUGAAGUCGCCGGCAGCCGCGCAGUCGCCCAAGUCGCUGCCGCUGGCUUCGCCCAAACGCUCGGCCUCGCGCAGUCCGGCAACGCCAGCUGCCCCCCCGCAGCUGCAGCCGCAGACGUCGCCCUCGCCGUACGACGAGAGUCCGCAGUCGAAAUUUCUCAAAUACACGGAGCUGGCCAAGCAGCUGUCCUCCAAGAAUGCCUAA